UUUGCAAGAUAACAAAAGAGAAAAUGAACACGAGCACUUCCUUAUAUCUCAUUUUAUAGAAAAUAAGACAAAAAAGAUGACAAGAAUAUAUGGACAAAGCAGUUCGGUGGAAAGGGAAAGGGCAGCAAGGGUUGGUUAUAAAGAGGCUUGAUUCUAAAGUUUGUUCUUCUGAUACUGGCUUGCCUCAUGAAGACUUAUUUCCAUGACCACUGAGGACAUGAGGAAGAGCAGAAAAUAGGAUUUAACACAACCUGCCUGUCUUUAUUGACAUCAGAUCCUUUAGGAAUACAGCCACAACUAAAUCUCAGGUUCCUGAAGAGAAUAUUAGACCCUUAAACCCUGCUCAUCCAGUUGCUCAGCCUGGAAGACACAGAAAACUCAUGACGACUCCAAAGACGCGCGGACCAACAGCGAAAAAGAUCAUCUUUUCAGUCUUGAUCGUGGUGAUUAUACUGGCCAUUCUGGCAGUGGCCGCUUUCUUCAUCAAGCAGUUGAUCGACAGCAAGUAUUAUUUUUGCUCAAAGUCGGUUAAGUUCAUUCCACUGGAGAAGGCCUGUGAUGGGAAGGAGGACUGCAGUGGAGCUGAGGAUGAGUCAGCCUGUGUAACGCAGUUUAGAGCCAACUCCACCUUCCCCCUACGGCUGAUCUCAACCCGUAAUGUGCUUCAGGUAUUCAGCUCCGUUGAGAAUAAAUGGAAAAGUGUAUGUGAAGAAAGUUUCACCCAACAACAUGCAGAGACUGCGUGCCAAAAGCUGGGGUACUCAUUUAAUCCGUCUUUCAGCACAGUUCAAGUGGGUUCUUUGUCCUCUGAUCUGAAGCUGGAUUUCUGUGAGGUGGGCUCAUCGAAACCCCUGACUUUCCAGUCCACCGUAACGAAUCGUAAGGUAUGCAAUACGGGAGCAGUCGUCACGUUAAAAUGCUCAGCAGACUGUGGUAAGUCCAGAAGCCAGGACCGGAUUGUAGGUGGACAGGAUGCUAUCGUUGAGAACUGGCCCUGGCAAGUCAGCUUGCAGAACAGUGGCCAGCACACCUGCGGAGGGUCACUGGUGUCUCCAAACUGGGUGGUCACUGCGGCCCACUGCUUCAAUGGGGAUGGUAAGAAGGCACUGGUCAGAUGGAAUGUAGUCACUGGAAUCACAUAUAUGGGAUCUUCUGGAGCUUAUUCUGUGGACAAGAUCGUCAUCCACAAAGAUUACAGCUCAGGACGGAACGACUAUGACAUUGCCAUGAUAAAACUCUAUUCUCCCAUCACUGUGGGAGAAUCCCGGAGACCGGUGUGCCUGCCACCUCAAAAUCUUGGCCUUCAAACAGGAGACAAUCUGGUUGUGACCGGCUGGGGCCACAUGACGGAAAAAGGGAAUUUGUCUCCAAAGUUACAAAAGGCACAGAUCCCUUUGAUAGACAGAGCAGCGUGCCAAAGUCCCACGGUGUAUGGCUCUUCUGUCACUUCUAGGAUGAUCUGUGCAGGUUAUCUGAAGGGAGGAGUAGAUGCGUGCCAGGGUGAUAGCGGUGGUCCUUUGGUGUAUCUAUCUGACCGCUGGACAUUGGUGGGUGUAGUGAGCUGGGGUGUUGGUUGUGCCAGAGUCGAUCGUCCUGGCGUCUACACCAAUAUGGACACGAUGCUUGACUGGGUCCAUUCAGUUAUGCAGGAGUUUCCGUGAGUCUGGGAUUGAGAAGACACCAGCAAAACCCAUUCUCAAUGCACAAUAAUGAGAUAUAUUGUUUUACACUAAUGUGUGGAGGAAUCGCUGUGGGAGUUGUUGGUCAGCAUACUCAGGGAUUUAAAGGUGCCACGAGAAAGAUUUUGCACACUUUAAUAUAUAUCGUAUGAAUAAUGAGACAAGUGAAUGUCGUCUUUUGUGGAACUACCACUUUUGGGAUGCACCGAUGCAAUCUUUCUUUAAAAAAGGUUUCUUAAAUCUUAAACAGUUACAUUUACUCACCCUCAUGUCAUUCCAAACCCGUAGUACUGUCUUCUGUGGAGUGCAAAAGGAGACAUUUUGAAGAAUGUUCACGCUUCUCUCCUACAUACAAUGCAUAAACUCUUCAAAAUAUAGGUUACAAAAGGUGGUUUUCACAGCAAUUCCAUAUAAUUAUUAUUUUUGGUUCCCCAAAGAACCUUUCACAGAACAGUUCUUAGAUGUAUAAUUUAAAAGAAUCAUUUUCCUUUCUAAAUAACUUUUUUUCUGUGCACUGGAAAGUCUAUAUGGCUUUUAAAGGUUCUUCAUGGAACUAUAGAUGCUAAUAAAGAACCUUUAAAUUUUAAGAUUGCAGGGUCAAUCAAAAUUUUGAAGGUAAAUUAAAACUCUUGUCGUUCACUUUCAUUGUAUGGAGAAGAGCAACUUGGACAUUCUGUUAGAUUUCUUCCUAUUUGUGUUCUGCUAAAGAAGGAACAUCAUUUAAAGUCAUGAGCAAGUGCCAAAUGAGGUCCAGCUCCUCCUCUCUGGAGGUCAUGGGUGGAUCUUGACCUCUGUGGAUCUAACAGGUGGAGGGAUACAGUUAGAUCUUCUAGCUCCACCCAUUUUACAUCCAGGGAGUGGGAGAUUGAAAUCAUGCUCACAGCCACAUGAGGGUGACAUUUUAUUUUUAGAAGAGCUUUCCCUUUAAUUCAAAGUGACCUAAAAUGCACUUUGAGACAGCAGCCACAAGAGGUUUCUGUUUUUUUCUUUUCUUCUCCUCAUCUCAAGAUGUCUGUACUUUUUACUUUUCUGAGGUCUGAGGACUUUUAUGCUAGGUGCCAUGUUACAGUAUAAUCUUGAAUUAAUGCCAGUGCUCAUUUACUCAGCCAAAUACUAUGGGUGCCUAACAAAUCUUAAUGGACAAGUUAUGGCAUGAGUUAUAGAAGCCAACUAUGUUUUGUACAGGAUUAUGUGGUUGUCACAUAUUUCCCUUCGUGGGGUAGUAUUCGAUUCUUGAGUUGCAAGACUCAUUUGAUUUAUGUGUUAAGAAAAAAAUGUUCAUUUAAACUGCACGCAAAGCUAAAAUGAUGUAAUUCAAACAUGUUUUCAUGUACUGUUAACUUAUGGAUGUUGGUAUUGUUUUUUAUUUAAGGUGGACUCAUGUAAUUAGGACUUUGUUGAGAGUCAUCUCAGUGUCGAAUGUAGCGCGUUUUACCUGAAUUCACCCUACUUGUGAAAGUAAAGGAUAUUUCUUUGUAAAUAUUGUACAGUUUUAUGUUUGUAAUGUUGGAUUUAGAAUAAUAAAGUGAAGUGUGGUCAACAGC